UAGAGCCUGGAGUUCUGAGGAGAUGUGAUUUAAGAAGGUGCUAAUUAGUUUAGAUAUGUAGAAAGGAUUUGGAUAGUAAUGAAAGUGUAAAUAUUGUAUAUAUAGGUCUCCGAUUUUCUAUGAAGUUACUUUGACGUGUUUUUGGACAUAUUCCUCUUUUUAAAGAGGAUAGGGUUUUAUUUUACUUGGGAGUUAAGUUUAGCAGCUAACGUUAGCUAUGAACGUUAAGAUUCUCCGCUAGCUAGAAGCUAACGUUUUACACUGCUACUACAUGGAUCGCCCACCAUCGCGAAGGAGGAACUUGAAUGUGAACCUGACUUCAGUAAAGUAAACCGGAUUGAAGGGAAGACGACGGGGAGGGACAGCGUUCAGACCGGUGUCUCUGUUGGAGGUGUUUGUGUUUGAGGAAGCAGCGGUUUGGGUGGGCUAGUGCUAGCCUUUCCUUCUACGCUACCUGGCUUACUGUCCACCAUCAACGGCUACAUGACUGGGUCAAAUGAAUUUAAGCUCAACCAAGGUCCUGAAGACAGUAUUUCAGCUGUGAAAUUCAGUCCUAGUACGGCACAGUUUUUACUGGUCUCUUCGUGGGACUCUACUGUACGUCUGUAUGAUGUUGGGAGCAAUUCUAUGAGAAUGAAGUAUCAGCAUCUUGCCCCAGUGUUGGAUUGUGCCUUUUAUGACCCCACACAUGCCUGGAGUGGGGGCUUGGAUGCGCAGCUGAAAAUGCACGAUUUAAAUACAGAUCAAGAUACUAUUGUUGGAACACAUGAUGCACCAAUUCGCUGUGUAGAGUACUGCCCAGAGGUCAAUGUCAUGGUAACAGGCAGUUGGGACAGGUCAGUUCGACUGUGGGACCCAAGGACCCCAUGCAAUGCUGGAACCUUUACCCAACCUGAAAAGGUUUACACUCUGUCAGUUGCUGGAGAUCGACUUAUUGUGGGAACAGCUGGAAGGAGGGUGCUUGUAUGGGACCUCAGAAACAUGGGUUAUGUCCAGCAGAGAAGAGAGUCUAGUCUGAAGUAUCAGACUCGUUGCAUCCGUGCUUUUCCAAACAAACAGGGUUAUGUUUUGAGCUCAAUUGAGGGAAGGGUGGCUGUGGAGUAUCUGGAUCCCAGUCUGGAAGUGCAGAAGAAGAAAUAUGCAUUUAAAUGUCACCGUCUGAAGGAGAAUGGCAUUGAGCAGGUCUACCCUGUCAACGCUAUCUCUUUUCACAGUAUUCACAACACCUUUGCCACAGGUGGUUCUGAUGGCUUUGUGAACAUAUGGGAUCCCUUUAACAAGAAGCGUCUGUGCCAGUUCCACCGCUAUCCCACCAGCAUUGCAUCUUUGGCUUUCAGUAUUGAUGGAAGCCUCCUUGCAAUUGCUUCAUCUUAUAUGCAGGAGCAGGGUGAUAUCACACACCCAGAGGAUGCCAUUUUUAUCCGACAGGUCACAGACGCUGAGACCAAGCCAAAGUCAACUUGAAUGUCUCAUGGAUAACCAAUCUCUUGGUCACCUGUUGUCACCUAAUUUUGCCUGUUUUUCCCCUUACACUAUUUUUACUCUUUUUUUCUGCCUCUGUCAUACUCUAGAAUAUGUUUAUUCUCUCCUCUCUUUUUAUUCCCCAUAGUUUGCCAUUUGAAAGACUACUUGUAUAUCGAUUUAGUGUUUUAUGUAUAUCUACUUAGUGUUUUGUGUACAUUUGCAGACUCCAUGCUGCUCUGGCAUCACUCUUACUUGAGUGUUUCCUGGUUUCCAACAAAUAAACAACUGAAAUAUAA